AGGAGGGUGAUGUGUGUGUCCCCUCUCCAUGUCAAACAGCAGCACUGACUGCUCCCCUGCCCUUUCCCUGCCAUCACUGCCAGGAGAACUGCACAGACACAAACUCCUGCAGUCAGGAAAUGUGCACAAGCAUUGCCAGAGCCCCUCUCUCCUGUUCACAGGUACCAAACCAAAGAUGUCCUCGACAAGAAUGAUUCUACUCAUCCUGGGAUUCCUCUCGACUUUGGCUGUAAUUGCUUUAAUUGCUGUAGCAGUGACCCAAAACAAGCCACUUCCGAAGAAUAUUAAGUAUGGGAUCGUGCUGGAUGCGGGGUCRUCCCACACCAACCUCUACGUGUACGAGUGGCCAGCAGAGAAGGAGAAYGACACUGGGGUGGUGAGGCAGGUGGAGGUGUGUAAAGUUGAAGGCCCUGGGAUCUCAGGUUACUCCCAUGCCACAGAGAAGGCAGGUCCCUCUCUGGCACAGUGCCUACAACAAGCAAAAGAGGUGAUUCCCUCAGCACAGCACAAAGAGACACCCGUCUACCUCGGAGCAACUGCUGGCAUGCGGCUUCUCAGGUUGCAGAAUGAAAGUGCAGCCGACAAAGUCUUGUCCUCAGUAGAGAAGACACUACGCUUAGCUCCCUUCAACUUCCAGGGUGCCAGAAUCAUCACUGGGCAGGAAGAAGGAGCCUAUGGAUGGAUCACCAUUAACUACCUUAUGGGCAACUUCAAGCAGUCUGGCUGGAAAAAGCUUCUACACUCCCUGAAAUCCUUAAGUGAGACAUCAGGAGCACUAGACCUUGGAGGAGCCUCAACACAGAUUACCUUUGUAUCAAAGGAUCUCUCUUCUGAGUCCCCRGAGAACCAGCUCUACUUCCGUCUCUAUGGCAAGGAUUACCAAGUGUACACACACAGCUUUCUCUGCUAUGGCAAGGACCAGGCUCUGCAGCAGAAACUGGCCAAGGACCUAACGACCAUGGAGAACAGCAACCUCCACGACCCGUGCUUCCACAAGGGUUAUCAGAGGACUAUAAAUAUAAGUGACUUCUUCAAAAACCCUUGCACAUCAGACAAGAAAAARGAAUUACCUUUCAAUGAGCUGUACAUAGAGGGAGAGGGGAACUAUCAAAAGUGCCGAGAAAGCAUUCAGAAACUCUUYGACAAAACCAAUUGUCCUUACUCCAGUUGCUCCUUCAAUGGGAUAUACCUACCUCCAUUACAAGGGGACUUUGGGGCUUUUUCUGCUUUCUAUUUUGUGAUGAACUUUUUGAACCUGACCAGUGAGCCAAACCCCCUUGCCCUGCGCACAGUGACGAGCACCAUUGAGACCUUCUGCGCCCGGCCUUGGCAAGAGGUGAAAAYAGAAUAUCAGAACAUCAAAGAAAAGUACCUGAGUGAAUAUUGCUUCUCUGGAGCCUACAUCCUCUCUCUGCUGGAAAAUGGCUAUGAGUUCACUGAAAAUAACUGGCAAAUGAUCCACUUCCUUGGAAAGAUYGGCAGCAGUGAUGCAGGCUGGACCCUGGGCUACAUGCUGAACCUGACCAACAUGAUCCCUGCAGAGGAGCCGGCCGGGCCCCCUCUCUCCCACGGCAGCUACGUGGGGCUGAUGGUGCUGUGCUCCCUCGUGCUGGUGUCCGUGCUCCUGUUCGCCUGGCUGCUCUUCCACAAGCCCAAGUGCCUGCAGAAGGGGAUUGUUUAGGAAGAACCUGGAGGGGAGAGGAGCCUUGUCAUCCUGGCUGCUGAGGGCUAGGAGACACCAGYAGAGCCACCUGUACUGCAGAGUCCCUCUCACUGAAGUUACUGACUGUACAACAAGGGCAUUUAUUUCUUCUGAAUCACACUUGCACUGACAGAUGCUGGGACAUCAGGCUCGCCACCUUUCUCUGCYGAGGACAGACAAGCUGGUGUCCCCUCCUUGAAUGGGUCGUACUUUCAUUCAAUGAAACUUUGCUGCUUGUUGGUUUCUGCCUUGUGCACAGCAUUAUAAAGAGAAAAGUGGCAGCAAUCUUUGGGAGCCAGUGCUCCUGCAAGGGUUAUCUCAGGGUCACACACCCCACUGAGCUCUUGGGAGCUGUCACAUACAGGGUGAUCCUGCUCCCUCUCUGCUGAAGCUGUUCCCAAGAGCCCUUUCAGCACCAGCACAUCUCUGCUCACCCCCUGCGCCCUGAGCUCUCACAGCCCUGCAGCCGGGUACAGCGCUCGCUCCUGCUUGGCCCCUGAAAGAGGGUCAGGCGCUGGGAAAAGAAGGGAUGAGGAUGAAGAAACUGAGUGUGCUGGUGGUCAGCAGCCCUUAGCUGGGCUCUGUUGGCCGUCAGCUCCUUUUGCAGGUGGCCAAAGGCCUUUUUCCCACGUCUUCCUGAUGUUGUUGCUGGACCAAAGCUGGCUCGCUGUUGCACUGAGCCRUUCCCACAUCCCGAAGGUACAUCAAGCCACAAGUUCCCAGCCAGGCAUUGCUGGGUUUGGUAGGGACAGCUUGUACUGGCCCGGGUUCCUUGGCCAGGAGUGAUUAUUUAUGCCUGCAGGGACUCUGCUGUGAUCAGUGUGCCCUCAGGCCCAGACCCACUGAGGCAAUCCAGGGUCACCGUGCUGAUAACACAGCAGCCUCCAAUCUAGGGAAAACGUGCAUCAGGUAAUGUUCCUGUGGGCAGCUGGCAGCAGUUCACCAGCAGGGGUGUGCACAGAUUGAAAUACUCUUUCCACCAGCAAAAUUAGAGAAGAUUUGCCUUUCCUUCCCUCAUGGCACAGGCUUAUCCUAUGGCCAUAAGACCCAGGGCUUGUGAGUGCACAUAUUGCAGCCCGUCUUCUCGCAGACAGCUAGGACAAUGCCACUGAUUGAGUUUAUGAAUUUUUUUUUUUUUCCAUUUUUCCUUUUCUCCUUCCAAGAAAAAGAGAGGUAAGUCAGAAAUCCAUUUUUGUAAAAACAUUCAGAAACCACUGGUGCCUGUCUACCUCCCUCAAAAUCUCAGAAAUCUCUUCUCAUAAUGAUCUGUAAGUGUGAAGGCCAAAAGAAAGCAGAUUGUAGAGAGAAAGGCAUAGCAAACACACACAUUCACCAGUUUCCCCAAGCAAAGGUGUAGGCAGUGUGGAGGGGUCAGGAGUUGCAACCCCAAUAAUGCCUUUUYCUUUAGGCAAGCACAGACACAGAGCUCUCCCAGCCUGUCCCUCUGCACAGUCCAGGCUGGAAAAUGUCACCCCGUUUUUUCUACUUCAUGCCUGGAAGUAGAAGCCCUAAUAUAAUGAAGGACCUAAAGGUAAGGGCAGAUCAUUGCUCUUCCAAAAAUCUCUGUCUUAUUUUUGCUCUAAAUUAGCUGGCUUCAGCUUCUGUUGGAUCUUGUUCUGCCCAUUUCUGAAAGACUGAGUAACUCUGCUAUUAAAACACCUUUUUUCCUUGUUGGUGCUUGGAAGUUGUCAUUAAAUCGUACUAAAUAGAUUGAUUUUCAAUCUGUAAAGCACUCUGUGCUCACCUCACUUGUAGCUCUUGACUCCACUUCUUUUAAAAGUUUUAUAUUGUUCUGAAACUUGGACACCAAAGUUCUCAGYAAUGAGUGGUAGUAGAGUCACCAAUAGUGUAUAAAUCUGGUUUUGAUCUAUAUUCUAUGUUCCCCACUCAUAUAUCUCUGGUCCGGGUUCUGCUCACUUAACAGAAAUGUUUUAGGCUGUUGAGUCCAGCUGGACUAUUGCAAUUCAGUCUUGUUUUCCAGUCGUUGCAUUUCAGAACAGCYUCUGUCUCACAUCAUACAUCACUGUCUCUCGAUAUGAGCCAUUUUGCCUUCCAUGUGGCUCCACUGAAACAUGUGCUGUUCAAACAACAUUUCCCCAGCAGGYUAUCCAGCUCAGUCAGCAAAUGACACUUCACCAGCUCUGAGUCCAUUGGCCAGUUUUUGUUUUAUCUGCAAACACACUGCGGUGUCAGAAUUCAGGAGUCUUCCUUCUGCUGUUUGCAGCAAAGAUAGGUUGAUGAGGGAUGAACAGAAGUUUAGGUCGUGGCUGGAAGGCGUGCAGGAGAAACUGCAGCUCCGACAGUCUCAUUUGCAACACACCMCACCCACCCAGUGCCAGCUCCCGUGUGCACGGAGUCUUUGUAGCAGAGCAGAUGCCCUGGAGGAGUUCCCCACUUGAGCUGGUGCAUCCUUCCUUCCCGUGAACAGCAAGGAAAUGGGCAGAAUGGCAAUUCCUCUGCUGAGACCUCGGUGGGGAUCUGGCAGCUGCUCAGUUGUGGCCAUGACAAGAGCCGGCAGAUCAUUAGGACAUGUCAGAAAUUGAUGCAAGAACUCCGUGUGGAAGCUGGUGUGGAAAGAAAGGUUCUGCUGGUCUGUUCUUCUGGUCUCUGCUAAGGAUUUAUGUCAAAGGGAAAUGGCAAAUACCUGGGAGAAGAGCUUUUACAGUGUUUUGUACCUUCAUUGCAAGUCCCAUAGUAUUAAUAUUGUUAGCUCCUGAUUCUGGAGCCAGGUGAGCAGCUGGCAUCUUCACUUGCUCCUCCUGUCUUAAUUAUCUCACUUUUUGGUUCGAGUUUUGGGGCUUUUUAAAGGUUUAAGUGUGGCUUAAGUGCAACCUAAAGACCCCAAACUUAGAUAAAAGCAAAAUACAUUAAARUAUUUUUAAACCUUAUGACUUUUAGACCCCAUUCUCCUGUUUCUCCAGGAUCAGAACUUCUAAGGUGACAACAGACAUGCAACUCGAGCAGGCUGAGGCUCCAGGAAUUGGUUGACUGAAGGCAUCCUGUCAGGGUGACACCAUUGCAUGUCACUGCCUGUAUGUGAACAUUCACAGAACAGCCUCUGAUUGUUUUCUCCCCAUUUCUCCCAUUAUUGCAGGACUUUAUUCAUGGAGGYUACUCAAAAUCCUUGGUCAAAGAGUUCAAAUUUAUGAGCAUUCAUUUCUUUGCUUUUGUGGUGCAUCUGAUCCAGCUGUAUUCAAAAUGUGUGUUCGAGAGCCACCGGUGUACAUGAAGGCCAYUAAUGAUAGUGAAGGGAGUUUCCAAAUGUGCCAGUAAUAAUGUAUCAUUUCUCUGGUUAAUACAGUUGAUCUGCCUCACUGAYAAUUAUCUGUGCCUUAUUUCUAAUUUGAUAGCUUCUGGCUUUAAUUUCCAGACACUGCCUGCUGUACCAUUUUGCUUUUCSCGGGUAAAGCAUCUUUUAACAUCACAUGUUCUUGUCUAGCAAAUAUUUAUUCACUAUUCAGCUCUGCUGCACUGCCAAGACUCCAGACCUUGGUCUCUCCUAGAAGAGAGAACUCUCCUGGGCUCCUAGGAAGCUCUGAGUGUGCUGCAGCAAGGYGGGAUGAGUGUCUCCAGUUUGGGUUCAAAUGCUGAUUGGUCCAUUUUUGGGGAAGUUCCUUGCAGAGGGAUGUGAUGGGUUUGCAGGGUGCAGGAGCAGCCUGGUCUUGCUGGGACUGAGGAGCUCUGUGAGUCAAGUGUGGGGCAGAGCUCUCAGAACCUGUCAGAAGAGAGAGCCUGGAUACCUGCAGCACGCUCACCUCUUACAGGAAAGCUGUUCCCCACCAARGCUCAAAGUACCCUUCACUCUGCUCCCUGAUAAGGCUGCCUCUCCUCUGUGCACAGGCUACAGCUGAUUUUUCCAGCCCUACAGCARAGUGCAGUGGGGCCUCCAUUUGCAAGCAAGCUCUCAGAAGUGGGGCCAUCACCUCUGCAGUGGCGGCUGAUUUGAAGUGCUGGCCCUGGCCAGGGCUUUCUGGUUGCUCCCAGAGCAGUUCUGGGCCGGAUGUGUGCCCCUUCCUUCUCCACCCCRAUCCUUCCCAUGCUCUGUGCCAGGCAGGAUGUGUGGGCUCUGCAGGGCUGCCAGCUUUGUCACAGRCUCAACAGCCUGUUCAGGAGGCUCUGGGGAGGACAAACUGAGGACAACAGUCCCUGCCACCCGGGCCAUGUGUUUUCCUUCUGUGGCCCAGCCCUGAAGAAAUGGAUCUUUGUUUUGAUGCACACACAAGUCUCUGUAUGCUUAUCAUAAUAAAGAUUUCUGAACUGAUGCCAGUUAAGUUUUCAUGCUGUUUUCCAGAAGAUGGGAGUUUGCCAGUAGUGGAAUGGAGCUUCUGGCACUAAACAUGGAAAAGUCCUGAGAUGUGAUUUCCUCCCUUGCCAGCUCCUUGAUGCUCUCCUGGGCCAGCUCUGAAGUUCCUGGUGGAUGGGUAGCAUCCCCUCCUGGUAGAGAAAGGCACUGUUGUGCUUCCCAGGCUCUGGGCACCUCACACAGGUUGCCUCACUCCCAGGAAGGCUGUUAGUGCCCAAACCACAUCUUUCCUUGCCUCAGCUUYAUCCUGACUUCCCCAAAACUGUUUGCUCUCCCUUGCUGUGARCUGGACAGGGGCAGUUCCCAUUUUCCCUCUCACUGCACCAGUGCAGCCCACCUUCCCAGCCCCCCAAACAGGUGAAGGACAGUGGCCCAUGCCCCUUGUUCACAGGGCUGCAUGUCUCUGUGUGCAGCCACAGCCRCAGCUCUGCCAAGGCAAACAUGCUUGUCAUGGUUUUAUUUUUCUUUCAGGACGCUCUCUUCGGAGUUUGCUCAUUCUUAUGGCUAUUAGCUUGAACUUUCCUCAAAUUUUCCAAUCUUCCUCUGUUAACAAUAUGGCCAGAAYGAAGAUGAACCCAUCAGAUGAAGUCUUUCCAUGGCCAGCUCCAGCGGGAUCAGCUCUUUGCUGCCUGUGACCAUCAGCAAUGCAGCAAUGGGGGGACAGGGCUUGCAUUCACAUUCCUCUCACUCUCACCACAGUGGCACAGAGCAUUUCUGCUUCCCCUCUUUAUCCCACUGCCUCAAGGUUUCUCCAUUUUUUAACAUCUGGGUGGGGGGUGGGGCAGUGUAUGAUCUAUCCCAGAUGUAUUAGCCAUAUUUUCCAAAUUAAGCCUUUAUUUAUUUCCUGCACUGUUUCUAACAUUUUAUAUUKUUUGAUUCUACUUUCGUUGGUGUUUUCAAACAUGUCCAAAUUUAUUACUGGAUUAAAGAUUCAUUAGGUUGUCAUUUUUCUAGAAUGUGUAAAGGCCGUGCUAGUUCAGAUCAAACAGGCAGCACACUGGCAUGCAUAUCCAGCUGUGUGGUGC